AUGCCACACGAUCAAACACCGGUCAUUCCUAAGACAUCUUCUAUUCCACCUAACCAAAGCAUCCCAACAGGACAGAAUAUGAAUGCUCAAAGCAACACAGCAGCUGAGGCAACAUCUAGUCAGAGAAAUGUAUCUGCUUCAGGUUGGAACCAUCUUCCAAAUGCUCUAAUUCCAUUACAUUGUCUUUCAAAAGUGAAGUUAAUCUUAAUGGGAUCAACGUCUUUCAAAAGUGAAGUUGAUCCUAAUGGGAUCAACUGGAAAGGUGUCUCACAAGAUGUCAAAGAUGGUAAUUUUGGAGAAUUCAAGAAGAAUUUCUAUUGGGAUGCUUCCGUUAGUGAAGUUGUGGUGAAGCAACAAUGGAUGAAAAAGGCUGCAUUAUGUUACAAGAAUUUCAUUUCCAAUAUAAAGAAGCAUAGAGCUACAGUUCAAUCGAAAUUUGAAAAUGACCAUGUGUGGAAAAAGUGGAUAGAACUUUGGCAAAGUGAUGACUGUGUUAAGAAGUCUGAGAUAAAUUCAAAGAAUCAUUGUGGUGGACAAGCUGCUGCUAAUUUUCUGUUAUGUUUCCAGCAAGCAACUACAAUGACAGCUAUCUGCUGCUAUUUUUCCUGCAAACACCUGCUGCUAUGCCACUUUGUUUUGCAACUAUAUUUCCUGCUAGUUUCUCUUGUUUUUUCUCUUUGUUUUGCUACUAUGCCAAGAUGUUUGGCUCUUAAAAUAGGUCGAGAUCCAACUCCAAGUGAGUUACAUUUGCACGUCCAUACACAUAAUCAUGAUGGGAAAUCUUUUGUUGGUGAGCGUUCCCGACUUCUACAUGAAAGGCAUGAAGAAAUUGUACAGAAAAAAGUACAAUGUGAAUCUGAAAUUGACCAAUUGGAGACAUAUUAUGAAGCUAUGGGAGGAGCAAAGAAGACAAGACUAUUUGGUCUUGGAUCUGAAGCUGCCAGUUACUUUGGUAAAAAAUUUUGUACCUCCAAUUCUUCCACAUCAUCAGUACCACCUUUGAUUUCUAUACCGACAAAAAAUAUGGAGGAAUUUGUGAAGCAAUUGAUUUUGGCCCUUACUACUCAUUUUCUUCCGAUAGUUAUUGAGCGUUUUGGUGGUAUUAGGGUAUAA